UUCCAUAAACUCUUUCCGAGUUCUUUAAAGAAUUUUAUAUCAUAUGGAUUAUAUUAAAGUUUGUAAAAAGCUUAAACUAAAAAUUAUAUUAAGUGCUAUGUUUUCAAAAGAGUUGAGGGAAUUGAUUAUGCUUAAUGGAGUAUGUCCUGAUUGUAAAGAAAUUAAUACAGGUUGGGCAUGGUGCAACAAAUGUGAUCCAGGUCGAUUUUUAAAGGAAGGAAAAACAAGUGGAAAUCCUGAUUUUGAUAAAUUAAUACAUGAAGCUCAACUUGAAACAAGAGAUUAUGGUGACAACACAGAAUGGAUACCUUUUGAAAGAUUAAAAGAUAUUAAACCUAUUGGAGAAGGUGGUUUUGCUACAAUUUAUUCUGCCACUUGGUUGGACGGAAUUCCUGAAUAUUUAUCUAAAAAACGUCGUAGUGAGCCUCAAAUAGUCGCACUUAAAAAAUUUAAGAAUUCAAGAAUUAUGAUUGGAGCAUUUACUGAUGAGAUAAAAGUACAUGUUAAAUGUUCGGGCUGUAUGGUUCAAAAAUUAUACGGAAUAACAAAAGAUCCGAAAACAGACGAAUUUUCUAUGGUUAUAAUGUACGCUUCAGAUGGAAAUUUAAGAGAUUAUCUUAAAAAAAAUUUUUCAUCCUUAAAAUGGGAAGAAAAAUUACAAAAUUUAUGGUAUAUUAUAGAUACUCUUGGAAAAAUCCAUGACAUAAAUUAUAUUCAUAAAGAUUUGCAUAGUGGAAAUAUACUUAUGUAUAAACCUAAUGUUGAUGAUUUGAGUGGCACGAUGAUUUCGGAUUUAGGACUUUCACAAUCAAUAUAUGACUCAAAUAAUUCUACAAAUGUAUGUGGAGUAUUACCUUAUAUAGCACCAGAAAUAUUUAAUGGUAAACCAUACACAAAAGCAAGUGAUAUUUAUAGUUUUGGCAUUAUUAUGGUAGAAAUGUCUACUGGAAAACCACCCUAUGGGAAUAUAUCACAUAGCGAUGAUCUUGCAUUAGCAAUUUGCGUUGGUUUAAGACCAAAAGUUAUUAGGGGAACUCCAAAAUGUUAUAUCGAAUUAGUUAAUAAAUGUCUUGAUUCUGAUCCAGAGAAAAGACCUUCUUGUAAUGAAUUAUUGAGCGUAAUAUUUAAAUGGAAUUUGGAAUUUAUCAAUGGAAAAACAGAAUCAGAAAUUGUAAAAGAAUUUUCUAAUGCAGAUGCGAUUGUUUCACGAGAAUAUUCUUCUAAUGAGAUUACAUUACAUCCUGAAGCAAUUUAUACAAGUCGUCAUAUGAAUUUUCGUAAUCUCCCUAAAUCGAGAAAUUCUUUAGGAGUUCAAGUUGAAAAUUCUGAAUUUUCUGAUCCUAAUUUGCUUGAAAACUUUAUUUAUGACGCUGUUAAAGAACAAAGUCAAGAUAAGAUUGAAGUAGAAAGUACGAACGAAUAACAACAGAAUAACAAAUAUACGUUAAAAAUAAAUUAUAAUGAAUAAUUAUAGAUCUCUUAUUAUCAUUAAAAAUGAUAAUUUAAUUGCAAUUACACAUUAUUAUACAUUCUAACAAUUAAUUAUAGUAUCCAAAAACACAUCUUUU